AUGGAGCAGGAGCCUAGGGGUAGACUUGAUAAAGCCCCUUUACAGGAAACUGAUGAGGAUGAAGGGCGAGAUACUAAUGAGGAGCCCCCUCUAGGACUGGGGCUAGGAGAUCUGACCAGAAGAGACUGGACUCAAAGAGCUGGAGUGAGACCAACGGUUGGACAGACUCAGGAGUUCCUCCUAAGGUACAAAAGUGAGUUUCCUCCUUUUGAUUACUCCUAUCCCAAGCAAUGGAUCGUGUGGUGUGAAAAGUUCUUCAUACUCUCUCACGUACCCCGGCAGGAAAUUGUUAAUCUAUUGUACAUUCACUUGACUGGAAGGGUGGGAAUUUGGUUUGAGAGUUAUGUGCAUAGCCUGAGAGGGGGGUUUCAAUGGCUUGCUUUUUCUGAUGCUUUGUGUAAACGAUUUGGGGAUAGUGGGGUGUCCUUGAUGGAGGAUUUUGCCUCUUUCAAGCAAGUAGGUACGAUUGAUGAUUAUACUGAUGAGUAUGAGGGCUUCAAGAGUAUGCUGCAACAGGCACACCCUACACUCACUGAGACUUACUUUCUAGAGAACUAUGUUGCUAGAUUGAGACACAUUUUGAGAUGUUUUGUCAGAACUGCCAGGCCAAGGGGAUUGGAUGAUGCUAUAUGGUUAGCAAGGCAAAAUGAAAAGGGCCUAAGGACCAGGCACAAAUGUAGAGGACCCACUUUUAACCUCUUAGAAGAUCAGGAGGAAGGAGUGACUACUGAGAGCCUAGCUCAGGUGGAGGAGGAAUUAAGGCAGGAAGAAGCAAAGGUGUCUCUAUGUGCUGUAGUGGGAGGUGAAGGAAUGAACACCCUCAAGCUGUUAGGGCACAUCCAAAAACAACCAGUGGUCAUCUUAGUGGAUAGUGGAAGUACCCACAGUUUCUUGGAUCCCAAAAUCAUGUGCCAAUUGAGAAGAGAACCAGAGAAGGCAAAUCCCUUAGUGGUGACAGUAGCCAAUGGUGAAAGAGUUGUAAGUGAUGCUGUUUCUCAAGGGCUAGGCUGGCAAAUACAGCAGGAGUGCUUUGUGAAGGACUUUAGACUUCUCAAGUUGGGUGAGUGUGACAUGGUGUUAGGGAUGGAUUGGGUGGAUCAAUAUGCCCCCAUUCAACUACAUACCAGGCCCCCUGGUAUCUCCUUCCAUAAGGAGGGAAGAAAGGUGCUGCUUAGGGGACUAACCAAGAAAGUACUGUUGAAAGCAGCUACUGAAAAACAGAUCAAAAAAUGGCAUAAAGAAGGAGUGCAUGGGUUUUUGGUACAAUGCAGUGAAAUACCUUCCACAAGAAUGACAGAACCUCCCUCACUUAACCUCACCCAAGCCCAAAUACCUCCACAUAAAAACAACCAAAUUCCCCAAACCAAACAUCCUGAACUAUCACAACUGCUAGUGGAGUUUCAGGGACUGUUUGAUGAGCCUAACAUCCUACCUCCCAAAAGGUCCCUUAACCACACCAUUCCCCUGAUUCCAGGAGCCAAACCCACCAAUAUUGGUCCAUAUAGAUACUCCUUUGACAAAAAAAAUACCAUUGAGAGAAUGGUAGAGGAGAUGUUGACAGCUGGAAUUAUCACUCCUAGUUCCUCAUGCUUUGCCUCACCUGUGCUACUAGUUCCCAAAAAGGAUAACUCAUGGAGAUUCUGCAUUGACUAUAGAGCUCUCAACAUCAUCACCAUCAAGAAUAAGUUUCCAAUCCCACUAGUGGAAGAAUUAUUCUCAGAACUAGCUGGUGCAACCUACUUCUCCAUGUUGGAUUUAAGGGCUGGUUACCAUCAGAUAAGAAUGAAGGAGGGGGAAAAAUUUAAGACAACCUUUAGAACUCAUCAGGGAUUGUAUGAGUUUAAAGUCAUGCCCUUUGGGCUGACUAAUGGCCCUGCAACUUUUCAAUCACUCAUGAACCUGGUAUUUAAGCCCCUGAUCAGGAAGUCAGUGUUGGUCUUCUUUGAUGAUAUCCUCAUUUACAGCCUGACCAGGGAGGACCACUGGAUUCACUUAAGAGAAGUAUUGAGCAUCAUGAAACAACACUCACUGUAUGCUAAACUGAGUAAGUGUUCAUUUGCAGAAAAUCAAGUAGAAUACUUGGGCCAUAUCAUCUCUAAGGAUGGUCUACAGACAGAUCCAUCUAAGUUGGAUGCAGUUGCUGCUUGGCCUACGCCCUUGUCCAUCAAAGCAUUGAGAGGGUUUCUUGGGCUGGCUGGGUAUUAUAGAAGAUUCAUCAAAGGCUAUGGGAUCAUCAGUAAGCCCUUGACUGACAUGUUAAAGAAGGAUGCAUUUCAUUGGAGCACGGAGUCUAUGCAAGCCUUUGAGGCACUUAAGAAGGCUUUAUGUAAUCCCCUAGUACUAGCUCUUCCAGAUUUUCAUAAAGAAUUUGUAGUAGAGGCUGAUGCUAGCUAUAAUGGUAUGGGGGCAGUUCUAAUUCAAGAAAAGAGGCCCAUUGCAUUUUUUAGCAAGGCAUUUGGGGUUAGACAUUUGGGGCUAUCCAUCUAUGAAAAAGAAUUCUUAUCUAUUCUCAAUGCAGUGGAUAAAUGGAGGCCAUACCUAUUGGUGAGACACUUUGUUAUCAAAACAGACCAUCAUAGCUUGCAGUUUCUUCUGGGGCAAAAGAUCACUAGUACACUGCAACAGAAGGGCCUUACUAAAUUACUAGGUCUGGAUUAUACCAUACAAUAUAAAAAGGGCACUGAUAACAUAGCUGCAGAUGCACUAUCAAGAAGGGAUGUUAGUUCUGAGGUAGAAUACAAUGCCAUCUCAGCUGUGCAACCACUUUGGAUGGAGGAAAUAUCCAAGAGCUAUGAUGGGGAUGUUUGGGCCACUGAGAACCUAACUUCUGCACUAAUUGUUCCUGUCAAUGAUCCUAGGAUUUCUGUUUCAGGGGGAAUGAUCAGAUACAAGGAUAGGUUAUAUGUGGGAUCCUCAGGGAGCCUAAGAAGGGAUCUCAUGCUUAAACUACAUGUGUCUGCAAUUUGGGGCCAUGCUGGCUAG